GAACGACACAACCCGGAAACCUCCCACCUCGAUCCCGACUACAUAACGGACCCGACUGAGAGGACAACAACGCAUUUCGUCGAGUUUCCAUCCAACACACAUCUAAAGCGACACUUCACGGGCCACGAUGGGGAGGCUGUGUGAGAUUGCGCUUGUGUCCCUCCUUGUUGUGUUUCUCCUGAACACUGAAUCGACAUGGGCCAAAAGAGGCAGCAGCAGCAGUGGCAAGAAAACCUCAUCUACCAGCAGCAGCAGCAGCAGGGGCAGCGCAACAAAUUCAAAACCCAGCCCUCAGAGUCCCAAUCGAAACAGCAAUCCAUAUCCUGCUGGUGGAAGUUACCCUUUUCCAGGAGCUGGCAACUCCAAACCAGGAGGAUAUCCCAGACAAAACCCACCAAGUUAUCCAGGAGCCGGUAGUAACCCCAACAAUAAUCCUGCUAGAGCCAAUCCUGCAGGUUAUCCAAACCAGAAGCCUGCAGGUGGCUAUCCUGCUGGAGGUGGAUACCCAGCUGCAGGAGGCAAUCCUGCUGGUGGAUACCCAGCCGCAGGAGGCUACCCAGCCGGUGGUGGAUACCCAGCCGGUGGUGGAUACCCAGCUGCAGGAGGCAAUCCUGCUGGAGGCAGAUACCCAGCCGCAGGAGGCUACCCAGCCGGUGGUGGAUACCCAGCUGCAGGAGGCUACCCAGCCGGUGGUGGAUACCCAGCUGCAGGAGGCUACCCAGCCGGUGGUGGAUACCCAGCUGCAGGAGGCUAUCCUGCUGGAGGCAGAUACCCAGCUGCAGGUGGCUACCCUAACCAGUAUCCAGGCAGAGGUGGCACCAACCAGGGAGGAUACCCUAACCAGUACCCUGCUGCUGGCGGCUACCCAGCUGGAGGAGGCUAUCCUAAUCAGUAUCCUGCAGGAGGUGGUUACCCAGUCAGAGGAGGAAAUACAGGGCAGGGUUGGGGUCAGCCUAGUGUAAAUCAUGGGGGUUACCCUGGUGGUUACACCAACUGGAACCCAAACAAUAAGAUCCUCAGUCCUAGAUAUGGCGGAGGAGGCUAUGGAUACGGUAGUCAGGGGAUGGGAGGGUCUCCUUUCUCUCGUUCUGUGCAGAACAUGGGAUACCAGCCCAAGUCUACAGGGUUUGCCAAAAAAGCCAUGCUGGCAGCAGGCGUUGGUGCUGUGGCCGGAAUGGCCGUUGGAUAUGGACUGGGACGGUUUCCUCGACCACAUUUCAAUCUCCGCAACCCCGAAGAAGAGCACUACUACAACAACUACAUGUACCAACGUUACGGCACCAAGUCCACAGAUGAAAAGGACUUUGGCCGUGACUACGUCUAUAAGCCUCCGCCUCGGGCAGAGUCCUACGAAGUCUUCAUGGGUCGCUGCAUGAAUAGGACUGACGUUCUUAAAGACAGCAGCUCUCCCACUACUAAAGGUCAGGGUGGAGGUGAUGAGGUUGACGACACCGUCAGCAUCGAGGAGAUCGGAUACCCUGCCCUAAUUGAGCAAAUGAAGACCAGGCGCUGUGUUGAGCAGUUCAUGGACUACUCUUCCCGCUUCCUAGAGGUGCGAAAAGCCGAGCCACAGUCCGGCCAACCAAACAUCCAGCACAGUCGCAGCAGCCCUCUCAGCUACGGGGUGACUCAGCUUUUCACUUCCCUCUUUAUGCUACUGUCCAGCAUGCUCCUUCUCCAGUAAGGACUAUUAGCAUUCCUCUUACCACACCCCAAAGGGAUUUUGUACGUCCUCCAUUAUAUCUGCACGUCGUCAUGCUACUAAUGUACAUCAACUCCAACCACGGCUGUAUACCUGAAAGAUCUUUGCGUCAUAUUUAGUCAAUCAUUAUGUUAUAUAGUGUAUAUAGUAACUAAAGCAGUCGAUUUUAAGAGGCAGCAGUCGGUUUAAAAUAUUACAGUGAGAUCUACUGUUUUUGUGUUGAACAAGUUGCACUUUUUUCUUUUUCUGUUAAUUGUUCCAAGAAUUAAUUUUGCACCUUUCUACUCUACAUUUUUAAAAACUGAAAACAGAACAGAGAUUCAGGGUAUUUAAGUUUAGUUUUGGUGACAAUUUAUUAUGACAAUAGAUCUGCUACUGUGUAAAAUAGUAAUGUGACAUUAAGAGUUAUAUACAUGUACAAAAACAUAUAAUAUUAACAUAUUAUUAAUUCAACCUCAUCAGUACGGGACAAUUCAAUUGACUGAUGUUCAGUUUGUUACCUUAUUGUUAAUCAGAAGGACAUUUUAUUUUAAUCAAAUAUAAAUUUACGUAAAGAAAUUUUAUUUUGACCUUUUAAGUCAGAGCAGACUUUACUCUCACUUUUAGUGCAAGUUAUUUGUGAGACAUGAGACAUAAAUCAUGUACUCUCUACAUGAUGAUGGCCCAGACGAGACCAUGUAAUGGUCUCAAGAUGAGGCGUGUGCAUGUUUUGGUACAAACACUUUGCCUAAAGCUGUAGUAUUUCCUGUAAACAAGCAUUAAGUCAUGACAUUGGUGGCUUAGUAUUCCACAAUAGUUAAACACUUAAUAAAAUAAGUACAGGUGGGUCAUACUUCCUUCUCAGGUAUGGGAUACUAACACUAUUUGUUAGCUGCCUGUAAAAUCCUGGAUUGCAUGUAAUAGCCCUUUAACGGUAAGAGGGGGCAUCAGUAAAUGUGUGUCCUUUUGAUGUGCAGCAAAUGUCGUCAUUAGUGGUGUCGUGGUGUCGCUACCUUGCCUGCAGCUGCUGAGAACAAUAAGUGCAUUUGUUGACAAUAGCGCCUGAUGCUUUUAGUCUGUGUAGUGCUCGCUUGGUGAAAGCUGGGAUUUACUUGAGGUUUUGAACCAAUAAAGUCCACAACAAUGCAAGACUCUCGUACUAAACUCUUGCAUCUCAGCACUAACCCCUGCUUUAUUUCCGUACCUUACCUUACUCCUCACACACAGUCUCUUAAUGUCACAUCUAUCAUCAGCCUGACUUAUGGCUAAAAUUUGUCUGGGAACAGAGGGAUGAUUUUUAUUUCCCCAUACCUUGUGUCAAACCUUGGAUUUUCCUUCAUGUUUUGCCAUGUUCAGGUGGCGCUCUAAGUUCCCAGACUUUCCAGCCAUAUUUUUAAGGCUUUUCCCUGGUCAGCACAUCUCUGUGUUGUCCCCCCAUCACUUGGAUCUUCCUCUUGUACAGUGAGAUAGUUAUAGGUCAGAUGUCGGUGGCUCUGUAAUUAUCUGUGUUUGCUUUCCCUGAACUCUAGCCUCCCCUGGCUGUCAUGGUGUGUAUCUCCAGGAAUGAAACAAUGUUCUCCUUUUUUUCCUUUUUAAAGUCAGUUUAAUGGACUUUUAACUCUCAAUAGGUUUGUGGAGUUAUGUAUAGUGAAGUUUAUCUGUCUGUGUGAUGGUUAUUCUUUUACUACUCCGGCUUGUUUUCUUUUUUAUCUUACUGGUUUGUAACUUUGCACUUUGUAACUGUGUUUUGAAAAAUGCUACAUGAGUUAAGUUUGCAGGCUGUCUGGUACUAUUUAAGGGAUUUUCACUCAUGUUAAAACUUUUUCAUUUCAAUCUGCUAUGCUGACAAAGAAUACUGGUGUAUUGAACUGAGUGUUAAGUCCACGGAACAAUGUUGGUGUGUAAUAACUUUAAAGUUACUGAACUGUUCAGAUACUCCACACAUUGCACAGUGUAUCAGGAAGUGAUUUUUUUAUAGUGACGGCCCUUUUACUUUCUCCUUAUUCAUGUUCAUACUCCACCCAGGGUUUUUCCUGUACCUGUUUUGUUCAUUCUGGCUGAAUGUUUUCAAUUGAUUUUGAAAUUACACGUUCACAUUUUCAUACAAUUUAGGGUGUAGAAUAUCUUUAAAGUGCACUUAUGUCCCUUUAGGAUUAGAUAUUCUGGAAAUGUGUCAUUGAGCUCAUAUUAGGAUAGACAUUUGUGUCAAUCUUCUUCUUUGGACCUGCAAUUGUAAACACUUUCUGAUCAAAUAAUAUGACUAAUAAGGUUUGUCAUGGAUGUUUCUGUGUUAAAUAAAAUAAGUAACAAAAUAA